AUGGAACCCUCAGUUCUUCCAAUCACAGCCAUUCUCUUCAUGAUCUUAAUCAACCAAUCAUAUACUGUUGCAACUCAACCAAUCAACGACACCCAAUUCAUCAAAACCACUUGUCAAACCACACCCUACCCUGACCUCUGCCUUUCCUCCCUCUCCGCCGACGCCUCCGCCAUUCACGGCAGCCAUCGUCUGAUGACUAUCGCCGCCCUCGCCGUUGCUCUCACGCACACGCACGAUGCCUCAUCGACCGUCACGAGCCUGGCCAAGUCGAAUGCCUUAACACCGCGAGAGGGUUAUGCUUUGAGUGAUUGCAUUGAGGAGUUUGGAGAUUCGAUAGAAGAGCUAAAGAUGGCUGUGGAGGAGUUGAAGGGUAAUGACAAAACCCGACUUGACAUUAAGGAUAUUCAGACGUGGGUAAGCGCUGCUCUGACCGACGACAACACGUGCAUGGAUGGGUUCGCUGAAGACGCCAUGAACGGUAGCGUGAAGGAGUCGGUGAGGGCAUUGGUGGUGGAUGUUGCUCAAUUGACAAGUAUUGCUCUCUCACUUGUUAGACAACUGAAGUGA